UAUUAUAUAUACCAAAAAAAACAGUACCAAACGACACGUCGUUUUAUACGAUCCUUCUAGUACAGAUACCAAAACGGUGCUGUUUGCUCAUGUUAAUGAAACAUGUCAUGAAUUCCCAAUUACCCUUGUUGCGUUGUGCAAACACUUGUGUGCUAUUAGCUUCUUCACCUGUUUUCAGAAGGCAAAAACUUUUGAUUCGGUCUCUGGGAAGUGGCAUUGAUUAUCACAAUCACAACCAUUCUGAAAAUAUGCAACGCAUGAGGUCUGUUGAGGCUGAUGCUGAGAGCAUUAUUCGAGCAAUUACUCCCGCCCUUGAUUCUACCAGACAUAAAGGCCAAGCAGGAAAAAUAGCUGUGAUUGGAGGUUGUCGUGAGUAUACAGGUGCUCCAUAUUUUGCUGCAAUUUCAGCAUUAAAAAUUGGUGCUGAUUUGUCCCACGUAUUCUGUACAAAAGAUGCUGCUACUGUGAUUAAAAGUUACAGUCCUGAGUUGAUUGUGCACCCUGUUUUGGAAGAAUCAUAUAGUGUCAGGGAGGAGGACAAGAAAACCACAUCAAGCAAAGUUCUUGCUGAAGUUGACAAAUGGUUAGAAAGAUUUGACUGCCUAGUCAUUGGUCCAGGCCUUGGAAGAGACCCAUUUCUGCUAGACUGUGUGAGUAAAAUCAUGAGACAUGCAAGGCAGUCAAACAUCCCAAUUGUGAUAGAUGGGGAUGGACUUUUUCUUGUUACAGAUAAUAUUGACCUUGUUAGCGGCUAUACAUUAGCUGUUCUUACCCCAAAUGUCAAUGAAUAUAAACGUCUUGUACAGAAAGUACUGAGUUCCGAAGUAAAUGACGCAGAUGCUACUCAGCAAGUGCUAUCGCUUGCCAAACAGAUUGGCGGUGUUACUAUCCUAAAGAAAGGGAAAUCUGAUCUCAUUAGUGAUGGUGAUACAGUCAAAUCAGUAACCAUCUAUGGUUCUCCUAGGCGCUGUGGUGGCCAGGGUGAUAUCCUUUCUGGAAGUGUUGCUGUCUUUUUGUCGUGGGCACGCCAACAUAUUUUAGCUGCUGGACCAGAUUCAAAUCUCAGUCUUACAAAUCCAGCAGUUUUGGGAUGCAUUGCUGGGUCUGCUAUGAUGAGGAAAGCAGCUACCCUUGCCUUCUCCAAUAAGAAACGAUCAACGGUCACUGGUGACAUCAUCGAAUGCUUGGGGAAAAGUCUGGAAGAUAUUUGUCCUGCCGGUUCAUGCUCUUUGUGACCUCCAAACACUUAAAUAAAACAUGUGAAGUUACUGGUAUAUUUUGCUUGAAGAAUAAUUUCUUUCAUUUACACCGGUACUUAUGUUCCUACCUUAUUUACUUUUAGACCUUAGAAACGCAUCCCUUCACACAAGUGAAAUGUAAAAAUAGCUUGUAAAAUUGUUGCGCAAUGUUCCUGAAAGAACCCCGAUUGUUUUUAUUAAUAGUGAGAAUGGCAUUCGUGGGCCACUUUUAAAA